GCUUUCGUAGUGGUCCGCAGCGUCUACGCCAUCAUCUGUUACGCUUAGCGGCAGGGGCUAGAGAGGAGUACCCCUACAAUAUUGAUACUCUGUAUCGCUGAAAUAUUCAACAAAACAUAAAUAUUAUCGAUGCAUUCGUCUGUACAUCAAAAUACAUAAUGUAUUAGAAGGCUCCGAUUCAGAGGAUCACACUGCCUCCGCCCCUCUCACUCGCAUUGUCCUCACGUUGCCUCAAGGUAGGAGACACCCAGAUGGCCUCGCGCAUGUGCGAACACGCACAGGACAGGGGGUUCCUGUAGGAGACGUCUAUGGGAUGUUCUCUGCAAGAGAUAGAUAAUGGGCUGUGUACAAUGUAAGGACAAAGAGGUAGCGAAACUCACGGACGACAGAGACACCAGCAUCGCCCAGAACUCAGGGUACCGCUAUGGGGCUGACCCGACCCCGCAGCACUACCCCAGCUUCGGGGUCACCGCCAUCCCCAAUUUCAACAACUUCCACGCGCCGGUCAGCCAGGGGGUGGCCGUCUUCGGCGGGGUGAACUCGUCCUCCCGCACCGGGACCCUGAGGUCUCGCGGCGGAACGGGCGUGACUCUGUUUGUGGCUCUGUACGAUUAUGAAGCUCGGACAGAGGAUGACCUCAGCUUCAGGAAAGGGGAGAAGUUUCAGAUUCUCAACAGCGCUGAAGGGGAUUGGUGGGAGGCUCUCUCUCUCACUACAGGUGGUACUGGCUACAUUCCCAGUAACUACGUGGCUCCAGCCGACUCCAUACAGGCUGAGGACUGGUACUUUGGUAAACUCGGCCGAAAGGACGCGGAGAGACAGCUGCUCUCCAGUGGAAACCUGCGGGGUACCUUCCUUAUCCGGGAAAGUGAAACCACCAAAGGGGCCUUCUCAUUGUCUAUACGAGAUUGGGAUGACAUUAAAGGAGACCACGUGAAGCAUUACAAAAUCCGCAAGCUGGACAGUGGAGGGUAUUACAUCACCACCAGAGCCCAGUUUGAGACACUGCAACAGCUCGUCCAGCAUUACUCAGAGAGGGCCGCGGGGCUGUGCUGUCGCCUGGUGGCCCCCUGCCACAAGGGCAUGCCUCGCCUGGCCGACCUGUCAGUCAAAACCAAAGACAUGUGGGAGAUCCCGCGGGAGUCGCUGCAGUUCAUCGAGUACCUGGGGAACGGCCAGUCUGGGGAGGUCUGGAUGGGGACGUGGAACGGGAUCAAGGUGGCGGUGAAGACGCUGAAGCCGGGCACCAUGUCGCCUGAAUCCUUCUUAGAGGAGGCCCAGAUCAUGAAGAAGCUCCGGCACGACAAGCUGGUGCAGCUGUACGCCGUGGUGUCCGAGGAGCCCAUCUACAUCGUCACUGAGUACAUGAGCAAAGGAAAUUUGUGGGAUUUUCUAAAGGAUGGUGAAGGACAGACACUGAAGCUACCCAACCUGGUUGACAUCGCGGCACAGGUGGCCGCAGGCAUGGCGUACAUCGAGAGGAUGAACUACAUCCACAGGGACCUCCGAUCUGCCAACAUCCUGGUGGGCGACAGCUUUGUGUGCAAGAUUGCUGACUUCGGCCUGGCCAGGCUGAUCGAGGACAACAAGUACACAGCCCAACAGGGCGAAGAUUUCCCCAUCAAGUGGACCGCGCCUGAAGCUGCACUGUACGGAAAGUUCACCAUCAAAUCGGACGUGUGGUCGUUCGGGAUCCUGCUGACAGAGCUGGUGACCAAGGGGAGGGUACCAUAUCCAGGGAUGAAUAACCGGGAGGUGCUGGAGCAGGUGGAGCGGGGAUACAGGAUGCCCUGCCCUCAGGACUGUCCCAGCUCUCUGCACGAGCUCAUGCUACAGUGCUGGAAGAAGGACCCUGAGGAACGGCCCACCUUUGAGUAUCUGCAGGCCUUCCUGGAGGACUACUUCACCGCCACAGAGCCACAGUACCAGCCUGGGGACAACCUCUAAAUGCAAUGCAGAUCGGCCUACUGUAUGUAGGGCUGUUACCAUAACAGUGUACAGACUAUACUCCAGUACAAACUUCCCUAUGCAGGGCUGUUACCACAGCAACAAAUGUACUGCCCCCCCCCCUUUCCCUCGAAUACAAACUGCCCUAUAUAGGGCUGUCACCACGGCAGCACACAGACUGCCCUCCCAGUGCAUACUGCUCUACACACGGUUGUCACUGUGGCAACACACAGACUGCCAGCUGGAUGUGUCCCGAACUUUCAAGUAUUUCCACUUGCUCAAGGCUCAUACUUAAGUCAGAAGGCAUUUUGGUGUUACUGGUCUUUGUGGGUUGGGGUGGGGAAAGGGUGUAUUCAAAUUAAAUGAAUAACGAUAUGAUAUUGUUAAGCCUGUAUUUAUUGUAAAUAUGAAUUGCUUGUUUACUUCUCCCCUGUUUUAUUUGUUUCCUUAUGAUGUUUUUCCUAUUCAUGUAAUGUGAGGAUUUUUUCCCCCCUGAGGACAAUAACGGUAACAAUGAUAAUGAUAACAGUGGUAAUCCCCAAAAUAAAUGAAUUAAACCGGAUCAACCCCUCAAGGUUUAUAA